AUGGAGCCUCGCAGAUCCGCUGGAACUCUCGCUGCCGACCGACCAUUGGUAUGUCGCCCCUCCGUGUCUCACGGCACCUCGCAACGUGCAGCAGCGGCCGCACGAAGCGGACAUGCCGAGUGGGAAUUCCAAGCAGGUGUGGGAAGGAGAGAAGAAGCAGGUUGGCAGUGGCGAUCGCUGGCGGUGGGGCUGCUGGCGGCGGCGGUGAGUGGAGCGCGGGACGCCAUGAAGGUCGCCAGGGGCCUCGACCCAUCGGAUGGCGCCGCGCCUGGCGGAGUGGCUGGCGCUGCGGGGCAGCAGAGGAAGGGCGCGCGCAUUCUGGCGGCUGAGACCUUCGCUCACCACGAGCCUCUGCCCGGCUACCUCGACCACAUCCCCCGCCGCCAGGCCCUCGCCACCUGUACGCAACGCUGCUCCCCCCCUCUCCCUCUCUUCCCUUCCUUGGUUCCUUCGCUCUGCUGUUUCUUCUUCUCACAACCCGUCUCUGCUCUCCUUGUCUCUCAUUUCUCUGCUCCCUUUGCCUCUCAUUCCCCUGCUCCCUUUGCCUCUCAUUCCCCUGCUCCCGUCGCCUCUCAUUCCUCUGCUCCCGUUGCCUCCUCCUCUGUUGUGUGCUUAGUGUACGCAUGUGGGCGCACAACAGUGACGAUCCGCUCGCAGUACCUGGGGCCGUACGACCUGCACAACGACAUCUACAACAUGACCUUCUACAACGGCUGCGCCUACAACGUCACCAGCCCGCUGCGCGUGUGGCAGUGCUUCAACUUCGGCAACGUGUGGGAGGGCAUCCUCGACAACCCCGAUCCCAACCCCUCGCAGUACCAGCAAGGCGAAAUCUUCGUGCAGACGACGCCGGGGUACUGUGAGAUGCGCAUGAACCGCGGUGCGAGCGGCACUCUGCAGAUGCUCCCCGGGGAGACGGUCAACAUUGUGUAUGCGUACUUGUGGGACUUCCGGCCCUGCGUGCAGGAGCUGCGCUUCGGCAACGGCAACAGCUACUCCAUGACCAACACCACCGAGUGCCAGCUCGCCCAAACCAUCUAG